AGUCUCUGUUGAUUUUGGAAGAAAUACCCGGUAACAAACAUGACUGAGUUCUGGCUUAUUUCGGCUCCUGGGGAGAAAACAUGUCAACAAACGUGGGAGAAAUUGCAUGCGGCAACCACAAAGAACAAUAAUCUUGCUGUUAGUUCAAAGUUCAACAUUCCUGACUUAAAGGUUGGCACACUGGAUGUCUUGGUUGGUUUGUCGGAUGAACUGGCUAAACUGGAUGCAUUUGUAGAAGGGGUGGUUAAGAAAGUGGCCCAAUAUAUGGCUGAUGUAUUGGAGGAUAGUAAAGAUAAAGUCCAGGAGAAUCUGCUGGCAAAUGGAGUUGACUUGGUUACUUAUAUAACAAGAUUUCAGUGGGACAUGGCUAAAUAUCCAAUCAAACAGUCUCUGAAAAAUAUUUCUGAAAUAAUUGCCAAGGGAGUGACUCAGAUCGACAAUGACCUGAAAUCCCGAGCAUCUGCAUAUAAUAACCUGAAAGGGAAUCUUCAGAAUUUGGAACGAAAGAAUGCAGGAAGUUUGCUAACUAGAAGUCUCUCAGAAAUUGUGAAGAAGGAUGACUUUGUUCUUGAUUCAGAGUAUCUCGUCACGUUACUGGUUGUAGUUCCCAAGUUAAACCACAACGACUGGAUGAAGCAGUAUGAAACACUAGCUGAGAUGGUCGUUCCCAGGUCUAGCAAUGUGCUCUCAGAGGACCAAGACAGUUACCUUUGUAAUGUCACCUUGUUUAGGAAGGCAGUUGAUGACUUCAGACACAAAGCCAGGGAAAACAAAUUCAUUGUUCGUGAUUUCCAGUAUAAUGAAGAGGAGAUGAAAGCAGACAAAGAAGAAAUGAACAGGCUUUCUACUGACAAGAAGAAGCAAUUUGGACCACUUGUGCGGUGGCUGAAAGUGAAUUUCAGUGAAGCAUUUAUUGCGUGGACUCAUGUGAAAGCAUUGAGGGUUUUUGUAGAGUCUGUUUUAAGGUAUGGCUUGCCAGUGAACUUCCAAGCAAUGCUACUUCAGCCCAAUAAGAAAACAAUGAAGAAACUAAGAGAAGUAUUACAUGAAUUGUAUAAACAUCUAGAUAGCAGUGCAGCAGCUAUCAUUGAUGUAAGUACUUAUUAGAUAGCCUUGGAGAAUAAGAACUGGAAUGAAUUUCAAAAAAAAUUGGAAAAGAUAGACAGAAAAGGGAUAGUAAAUAUCAUGUUACUCAUUUUUUAAAAGUUAUUUCUAAGUACUUUUGAGAUUCUCAGUUAAUUGUUUGAUAAACAUAGCCAGUAAUUUACCUUGUUUACCCUGUUUUUGCUAGUUAGAGCUGGGAAUGCCAAAAGCCAAUCAUUAUCUUGCUUUAAACCAGAUGGUCAUAGUUGCAGAAAUACAGAACCAACCAGUGAUACAAGUUA